AGUUGAGCAAAGUCUUCAUUUCGAAUGCCCGCCGCUUCCGCCGACUUGUCCGUCCCCACUGUUCCUGUUACUGUCAUUUCGGGUUUCCUGGGCUCGGGCAAGACGACGCUUAUCCAGAACUUACUCAAGAGUGGUAGGAAGAUAGCAGUAGUGCAGAACGAGAUGGGCUAUGAGUCCAUGGGAAUCGAAUCCCCUGUAUUGACUGAUAGCGAGGGCAACGUCAUCGGGGACGUCCUUUUAGAACUCCCUGGUGGUUGCCUUUGCUGCACUAUUCGGGACGAUUUAGUGACAGGUCUGGAAGCGAUGCUAAAAAAGAGAAACUUCGACCAAAUUGUCAUUGAGACAUCCGGUGUGGCCGACCCGGUGAAAAUGAUAGAAAUACUGUGGCUGGAUUCAGAGUUAGAAACUCCGUUGCGUUUAGACUCCACCGUCACCGUUGUCGACUCGAAAAACAUCGUCAGUGUGUUGCAUGGGGAGGGGCGGACCUUGGCUGAGGGCGGCUCUUCUAGGGAGGCAAUACGACAGAUUUGUUGUGCGGACUUGGUUUUGUUGAAUAAGUGUGAUAUUUGUGAUGAAGAGGAGAUAGGAGUUGCGAAAGGAGUGGUAUCAGCGACAAACCCCGACGCGGCUAUCGAGUUGACCGAGUACAGCCGCCAUGGUGAUCUAGAAAGGAUCACCACGAUGGUCUUGGACAGGCAAGCGUAUAGCGGCAACACGACAGCGCGGUCAUUCGAGUUGAAUGCCGCGGACCUUCCCCCGGCCGAUACGCACGUCCACGUCGAUCACGUAGUUCUGUAUUGCAAUAACGAGCCGGAGAAAGCCUCAUUGGAGCGGUGGCUCGGGACUGUUCUGUGGGGGAGGGAAGAAGGCAACGAGGUAUACCGUUUGAAGGGUUUGGUAAAGACGUCUGACGCUGGCUGGUGUGCCUUGCAAGGCGUCGGGGAGAUCUUUGAGGUUGUCGAAGUGUCCAUACCAGUAGACCCCGACACCGCUUCUAAGAUCCUCUUUGUUGGCACCGGCCCUCUAGACCGUGACGCUUUGCAACGAGGCCUCGACAGUUGUGUUGACGAUGAGUAG